ACUCCGUUUAUAACCGUAUUCGAUUAACUGGUAUUAAUUACUAUCUGUGCAACCCGAGAAACGUGCUACGGUUAUAGUUUUUUUUUAUUCAGACUCCGAUUACCUAUAUAAACCGCGCUUAUAAGGUACGACCUUAACAUUCGGGCAUUAAUCUUCCAAAGUUUACACAUACACAUAUAUUUCGCAAUAUCGAUUGUGAUAUUUAUCAUGUGUAUGGUGUGAUAUAUUGUAUAAUUGAUGCAUAAAUAGUUAUAAGUAUUGUUAUUAUUUGUCUUCUUUUAGAAUCACUUCGAACUUUUUACAUUGUUGUUACAGUAAUCAACAUUGUGCUAAAGGGAAAAAUGGACAUUGAAUGGACCUACGACAUUGUUUUUAUUAAUUAUGCAAUUGAGUCCGCAUUGUAUAACAUUAGCAUUCAUGUUGUCACAUUGUCCUAUCAGAUAAAAGCAAGGAUUUCAUAUGCGCCACACAUUCCCAUGGCGCGUUGAAAAGUUUGAUUGAUUUCUCAUAAACAGUUGAAGUAUAGCUAAGACACAUAAUAGUUAUUGGACAUCAUUGUUGAAUAAAACUGGCAUACAGUGUGACCUUGACUUUAAGAUAAGAGCCCGAAUCUGAUACAUGCUGCAACUUACCAAGCUGUGGUGUGUAAUAUUUCUUAAAUACAUGACAUACAAAUAUGAAAUAAACUUAUAUCAUACACAUAUAACAUAUACAUAUAACAUACACAUAUAAUAUACACAUGUAACCUACUCAUAUAACAUAUACAUAUAACAUACAAAUGUAACAUAAACAUAUAAAAUAUUCAUUAUAGCAUAUACAUAUAGCAUAUAAAUAUAACACAAACAUAUAACAUUCAUAUAUUACAUAUAUACAUAUUAGCAUACACGUACUAUAUAUACAUAUAACAUACACAUAUAACAUAUACAUAUAGCAUUCAAAUAUAACGUAUACAUAUAACAUACUCAUAUAAAAUAUACAUAUAACAUACAUAUAUAACAUGAACAUAUAAUAUACACAUUAAAUAUAUAUAUAACAUAUAACAUAUGCAUAUAACUGGAAAUUUGAAACUUACAGCUACACUUACGAUAUAUGAUAACACAGUUUAGACCAUGCGACUCUACAAUAUAGACAAACGUAAACCGAAAGUGCGACUCUACAAUACAGAAAAAAGUAAAAACAGAAAGUGCGACUCUAUAAUACAUACAAAUGUUAACCGAAAGUGCGACUCUACAAUAUAGACAGGCGUUAACCGGAAAUGCGACUCUACAAUACAGAUAAACGUAAAUCGAAAGUGCGACUCUACAAUACAGACAAACGUAAACCGAAAGUGCGACUCUUCAAUAUAGGCAAACGUAAACCGAAAGUUGAUACAUCAAAAUAGAAUUAAGUAUAGUUUAGUGUUACAGUAUUAACAUUUAAAACAAUUUUGCAACUUAGAGAAUAAGGUGCAUACACACAAGUUUAUUUUUGUAAUGACGAAAUAAUAGUGAUAUAACAUUAAAUGCAAGAUGAAAUAUUUCAGGUGAUCAACAGUGUCUGUCGCGAACAGCCAAUGGCCGAUUCUACCUCUUCGAUACUGGUUGGAUUGGUGGAAAAGCUGGACAUCCGUCUACAAUCCAUAGAAUCAAAGCUGGACCCCAUCCAAAACGAACUAUUGUCAUUAAAAACUGAAGUUGCCAAAGUCCGCGAUGAAAAUCUAAAUAUAACUUCAAAAGUGACAGAGAUGGAGACUUUUCGUCAGUCCAUCAGCGAUUUUAUCGACGACUGCAACCGCAAUACACAAAAAUGUUCCAAUUCUGUUGACGAUCUCCAAAUCCAUUGUGCAGGCAUGUCAAAACUUUUGAACACUAUACAGUCCGAUAAUGAAGCUUAUAAGGAGGAAAUCCUAGACCUGAAAUGGCGAUCGAUGAGAGAAAAUCUCAUAUUCGUAGGUAUUCCUGAGAACUAUAACACCAUACAGAACACUGACGAACACUCAAUGAACGCUCAACAAAUGAACAAACAUGAGCAAACACUUCGGCAAUUCCUUGUGAAACAUGUACAAAAUGACACUAGCGUGAACAAAGACAGUAUGAUAAAUGUUCAAAAUAUACGGUUUGAUCGAGUACAUCGCUCUGGAGGCCCCUCUCGACUUGGGAAACCAAGGCCGAUCAUAGCAAAGUUCGAGAGGUUUAGUGAUAGGGAAUCUGUACGCGAGGCCGGCGUACGUUUGAAUAUGAAAAAGUCAGGCUUUUACAUAAAUGAACAGUUUCCCCCAGAAAUGGAAGAACGUAGACGUGAACUGUAUGGCGUAAUGCGUAGAUAUAAAGCGGACCCGCUGGUAGCUGAUAAAUGCAAGCUGGUACGGGAUAAAUUGUAUGUUGGCAACAAAGUGUACGACCCUGUUACAUCAACUCUCAUUUUCCCCAAACCGAAGUAUUCGAGAUCUCAACAAUAUCAGCCGCCGGCUAGGUCAUUUGUUCACGAACGGCCACGCACUGGUAAUAUACAAACAUUAGAGAGCCAUCCAGUGCGAUUAGACUUUUCUACUCCGAACAGAUUCAACGUGCUGACUAACCUGGACCCCGAACAAACAUUGGUACGUAACAGACCAGCGCAGCGCUCACCACCAACCCCGCUUGACGAGACUAUUCUGAAACGACCCCGAGACGACACUUCUACCCCCGUCGGGCCUGAUCCGUUAAGCAUGGCGAACCCCGAGGAAAAUGUGCAAACUGCCGGUGUAUGUGUUUAGGACAGGCCGGAGGAGAGUGUUAAUGACAAUACAUUUAGGUCAGAAAGUGAAGACUUAGGCCAAGAACGGAUUAUUAAAUUUUUAUCCCUUAAUGUUUGUGGUCUUAUUUCGAAACAAAUUAUUCCAGAAUUUUGCACAUAUAUUGAUGAUUUUGACAUAAUUGGGUUUCAAGAAACGAAAACUGAUUCUUUAGACGCAGUAGAUCUCGAACAUUUUACAUUGUUUUUUAAACAUAGGAAAAAUAUUGCUAAAAGAAAAUCAGGUGGGAUAUGCUUAGGCAUUAAGAAUGAUUUAGUACCUUAUAUUUCUAUAAUUGAUUCAGAUAGUGACCUUGUGUUAUGGUUUGUUAUGUCUGACCAAAUUACAGGCAGAGGUGAUAUAUUGUAUGGUGUUGUAUAUUUGCCCCCCGAAAACUCGGAUUAUGCUAGUGCCGACCCGUUUUUGAUAUUACAAAAUGAUAUUGACCAUUUUGCAGAUAAGUUUGAUAAAAUAUGCAUAUUUGGCGACUUUAAUUCGAGAACAAAAGACAUGAAUGAGUAUAUAUACAGUGACUACGAUAUAUUUCAUGAAAUGGAUUUAGAUGAACUUUAUGAAGAUUUGCAGAUAAAUGAAAAAUAUUUUUCAGCUAAUGUACGCAAACAGAAAUUUAAUACGGAUUUAAUAACUAAUGAUUAUGGUCGAAAGCUAGUUGACUUUUUACAACUAAACAAUAUGUACAUUUUGAAUGGCCGUACGAUUGGUGAUUUCGAAGGCAAAACAACUUGCAAAGGUGUAAGCACGGUUGAUUAUUUUAUUUGUACGCCUAAUAUUUUUGCUAAUGUUAUCCAAUUAAGCAUAGAUGAAUUUUCUAACAUUUUUUCAGAUGUUCAUAAUCCUGUACAUAUGUUGUUAAAAUUUCAGUGUAAAUCUAGUUUUAAACAUUCCUGUGAUGAUAAAGUUGCUGCAAAACAGUGGAAUGCUAGCAAAAAAGAUGAUUUUAUUAAUAAUAUCAAUUCAAAUAAGAUUGAGGAUAUACUUAGAGAGUUAACUAGUCUUGAAAAUGAAAACGAUACAAGUAUAGAUGCAUUGAACCAUGUUGUUUCGAGUAUUGGUCAAGUUUUUCUAGAUUCUGCAAUAAAAACAAACGGAUGUGAAUCACGAUUAAAUAACUCUGAUAAAAAGACAAACAAUAAAUCACGUUGUUGGUUUAAUGCUGAAUGUAAAACUGCAAGACGAAACUUUCAUACAGCUAGGUUUAUGUUUAAAUUGAAGAAAAAUGAUGCAAAUAAAGAAAAUUUGAAUGUACAAGGUAAACAUUAUAAGAAAGUUUUGAAUAGCAAUUUUAACAUUUAUAGACGAGAAAAGGCUAUUAGACUGAAGCAAAUGAGUAAGGCUAAGCCAAAAGAAUUUUGGAAAGUUUUAAAAUCUAAACAGUCUAGUAAUGUCAAUGCAUCUUUAGAAGAUAUGUAUAAUCAUUUCAAAAAUAUUAACUCCAACGCUAAUUCUGAUAAUAUUGACCUGAACGACGAUAAUAUGGAAAAUAUUGAUAUUGACGGAAAUGAGUUAAAUAUACCAAUUACAUAUGAUGAAAUUGAAAAAGCGAUUAAACAAUUAAAGAACAAUAAAGCGUGUGGUGAAGAUAAUAUUUUAAAUGAACAUAUCAAAUAUUCUUAUUGUUGUUUCAAAGAAGUUUAUAUUAAACUUUUUAACAUUAUGUUUGAUAAAGGUCUCGUACCACAAAACUGGACCGUUGGUAUUAUACAUCCAAUUUAUAAAAAUAAAGGUGAUACAUCUGAUCCUGUAAAUUAUAGACCAAUCACUUUACUUAGUUGUUUUGGUAAAUUGUUUACCUUAAUACUGAAUAACAGAUUUCAAAAUUUUGUCAAGAAUCAUGAUUUGUUAAGUGAAUAUCAAUCAGGUUUUAGACAAGGAUAUUCAACAGUGGACAAUAUGUUUGUCAUAAAUAUGUUAAUAGACCUUCUUCAUAAUUCAAAGAAAAAGUUAUUUUGUGCAUUCAUAGAUCUUAAAGGAGCAUUUGAUACCAUAAAUAGAAGCUACUUGUGGCUUAAAUUAGAUAAAAUGUGUAUAGCAGGGAAAUUUAUACAAAUUAUAAAAAAUAUGUAUGAAAAUGCUAAAAGUUGUGUACGUGUUAAUGGUGUAAAGUCAAACUAUUUCCCUUGUACUAUAGGUGUAAGGCAGGGCGAGAGCCUUUCUCCGUUGUUAUUUUCUAUGUUUGUGAACGAUUUACAUAGCUUCUUUGCAAAUAGUAAUAUUGUUAAGGGUAUAAUUGUGUAUAAACAUGAUGAUGAUGUUCGUUUAGAUUUUUUAAAGUUAUUUGUAUUGCUCUAUGCAGAUGACACAGUCAUGUUGGCAGAAUCAUAUACAGAUCUGCAAAAUGCUCUAAACAUAUAUGAAAAUUAUUGUAAAAGAUGGCAACUUACUGUUAACACCACUAAAACAAAAGUGCUUAUUUUUUCGAAGGGAAGACGUGUUGAACACGAAUUCCUUCUAUGCGAUGAUAAAUUAGAAAUAGUAAACGAAUAUAAAUAUUUAGGUGUGUUAUUUAGUAGAAGUGGUUCGUUUUUCAAAGCAAAAGAAUAUAUCGCAAAGCAAGCCACUAAAGCUAUGUUUGUUUUGUUGAAGAAAGCUAGAUAUCAUUGUCUUUCUAUUGAAUUGCAAAUUGAUUUAUUUCACAAAGUUGUCAAACCUAUUUUGUUGUAUGGAUGUGAAUGUUGGGGUUAUGGUAAUAUUAAUAUUCUCGAGAAAGUGCAACUAAAGUAUUUGAAAUAUGUGUUAGGUGUCAAGAGCAGUACACCAAACUGUAUUGUAUAUGGCGAAACUGGUGUUAAACCUCUAAAUAUUGACAUUAAUACACGUUUGAUUGACUUUUGGUCAAAAUUAAUAACCCCGCCGUUACCUAAACUUACUGUAUCUUUAUAUAAUAUUGUCCUAAGUAGAUUUAUGUUUUCCGAAAAUCCACGACAGUCCCAUUUCCAGUGGAUUCGUAAUAUUAAGGAAAUAUUGAUUAAAUGCGGGCAUAUUAACAUUUGGCAGAGUCAUGACUUUUUAAACAAAUCAUGGUUAAAGAAAACUGUUUAUCAAAAAUUGUCCGAUCUCUUUAUUAAUGAAUGGUUUUCUACUAUAAAUACUUCUAGAAAAUGUAUAAAUUAUAGAUUGUAUAAAGAAAAGUUUGAAUUUGAAAAUUAUCUUGUACAGACACCUUACAAACUCUUACGCGAUAUAUGAUAAAAUUUAGAACUAGAAAUAACAAAUUACCUGUGGAAAUUGGAAGCUGGAAUAAUGUAGAAUACAACGACAGAAAAUGUUUAUUUUGUAACGAUAAUAGCAUAGGAGAUGAAUAUCAUUAUUUGUUGGAAUGUCAAGAAUUUGUUGGUAAAAGAAAAAGUUGUCUUGAUAAUAAAUAUAUUAGACAUCCAAAUAUUAUUUUGUUUAAACAAGUAAUGCAAAUAAGACCUGAUUCAGGUAUACAUUUUGAAAAACUCUGUAAGCUUAUUAAAGAGAUAAUGGUUCGAUUCACAUAAUGAUACAUACAUUGAUGCAUUUUGUUUCCCUUUAAAUGCCUCCUCCAUUAUAAAGGUAUAAUGUUAAUAUUGGAUGACACUGAUUGAAUUUAUUUAUUCUUAUAGAUUAUGUCUUAAAAUGUUGAGACUAUUCUCGUUCUUUACAUAGUUGUAUAUAUAUAUAUUUAAAUACUCUUUUUGUCAUGUUUUGUGACAUGAGUUAUACGAAAUAAACUUGGAAACUUGGAAACUUGGAAGCGGGUAUGUGUCACAAAUCGUCUGCUAAUUGGGAGUUUGCACAAGGCGUGAUAUUGUAUCCUUGUGCAGCACCCUGUGAAGUACUAUGACCUUGUUUACAAUGACAAGUGUUGUUUUAUGAUCUCAGAUGUGCUUAAUUGACACGAAUUGGCACUAGUUGAUAUUAAACGGAUGGAUCAUUAAUCCGUAGGAAUUGAUCGUCCAAUCACAAGAUAAGGGUCGUGCAUUCAAAGCUAUUAAUGACCAAUCGUAUUUUUGAUGAAUAUGCAUGAAGAAAUUAUUGCUAUCUGAACAAUAAAUACAAAAACAAAUUUGUUUAUCUUUUCACUUUUCA